AUGCCUCCAUUGCAGAGGACAGAGGAGAUGCUGGGGAAGAUCCUCACGGCGCUCACACUCCUCACCCCCCGCCGAGCUCACCGAGGGCGAUCCCAAGCGCGGAUCCACCUCCGAGGCCCCUCAGCUCAAGAUGGCUCUGUUAGGGACGCGCCCCUGGAAAAUGGUGUCCCCUCCGCCACCCGCCCCAGCUCCCCGCGGGCAAACCCGCGGCCGCCUUACCUGCCGGCUCCGCCCGCGGGGCCCCGCUGCCGCUCCGUGCGGCCAGGGGGAGCUCCUCGGGGCCCCGGGAGAGCCGCUGCCCGCCGCCCUUCCCCGCCGCUCAGCCCCGGUCCCGGGGCGCGGCAUGGGGCGGAGCGGUGGCGGCGGCCGGGAGAAGGGGAGGGGGGGGAAAAUGGCGGCGGGGGGGGCGUGCUGGCGGCGGGGCUCUUCAACGGGCGGGUGGCCAUCGUCACCGGCGGCGGCACCGGCAUCGGCAAGGCUAUCGCCGCCGACCUGCUGUCCUUAGGUUGCAGUGUUGUUAUUGCCUCUCGUAAAUUUGACCGAUUAAAAGCCACUGCAGAAGAACUGAAUAAUGCAUUUUCUUCUGUGAGUCCUGCCAAAGUGACUCCCUUGCGGUGCAAUAUCCGCAAAGAAGAGGAGGUAGAAGCUCUGGUGAAGUCUACACUGAGUCUGCAUGGGAAGAUUGUUCUGGUGAAUAACGGAGGGGGCCAAUUCGUGAGUCCUUCUGAAGCCAUCAGCGCAAAAGGCUGGAAUGCUGUCAUAGAAACAAAUCUGACAGGGACUUUCUAUUGCUGCAAAGCAGUGUACAAUGCCUGGAUGCAGAAGCAUGGAGGAGUCAUUGUCAACAUUACUGCUGCCGUGACAAUUGGGUUUCCUGGAAUGUCGCACCCAGGAGCUGCAAGAGCUGCAGUGAAUAACCUAACCAAGACGUUAGCUUUAGAAUGGGCCCACAGCGCAGUAAGAAUCAACAGUGUUGCUCCUGGAAUAGUAUUUUCAGAAACUGCUGUUGCCAAUUAUGGAGAACAAGGUGCAGUGAUGUGGUUAAGGAGCAUACCAAAGGUUCCUGCCAAGAGAUCAGCUGUGCCUGAGGAGAUCUCUCCUGUAGUGUGUUUUCUGCUGUCUCCAGCUGCUUCUUACAUAACUGGGAUAACCGUGGUUGUAGGUGGUGGCCAAAGUUUAUAUCUCAAUACCAUAGAAAUACCAGAUCAUGACAGAUGGCCUUCCCCACCAGAAGGAAGAAAUUCUGAAAUGCUUAAGAAGCUUCUUUCUGGCGAGUUCAAGCCAAAGCUGUGUAUGAAUAUCCAUGAAGAGCGGAAGUUUACACGUAAUCAUGGUGAAAUGCAUCAUUUACCUCUGAAAUGGAAUAUUAGAAAGGAUAGGGUUCUCUGGUGUGAGAGACGUGCAGCCUGCGAUAAACUCCUCCACAAGUAAAGCCAUGGAUGUCUUUAGGAGAUCUAAGCAAGUUCUUUAGAAGAGACGUAUUCCUGCACGUGCUUUUCUUCCCUGACAAGAAGCUGAAACAGCCAACGUGUGGAGCCAUAAUGCACUGAGGCUUACUGCAGUAGGAAAGGAUACUCACGAUAAUCUAAGGGUUAGUACAAUGUAGGAAUACAGAAGAUACAUCCUUGAAAGGUGAAGGGAAAACAGAAUGCUCAAGUGCUCUCUGCUGUGUAGGUUUUUUUUUGUUUUGUUUUGUUUUUUAAGUAAUAAUACUACUGCCCUCUGUGUGUUGAGGUUUACUGUGAACAUUAUUAAAACACAUCACGUUAUAUUGGAUAUUACAAUAGUAACUGCCGUGCUGUAAUAGUUUUGCAGUGGUCACAGCUUCUUUCCCCCUACUUCUUGCACCAGUGAGAAGAGUAAAUGCUUAAUUCUCAGAAUGGAGGAUUUAUUUUGGUCCUUGGCUCCUUUGUCCCUUUUUAUGCCGAUUAAAGCCAUUUAAAAAAUUUUACAGCACCGUACAGAAACCUGGUGUUGUGUCAGCUGCCAGCAUGAAUGUUUCAGGUUUCUGCUGUUCAUACAGAUAAUAUCAGCUGAAGCAAAGCUCUUCCUAUGCCAUUGUGAUAACAGCUCUUGAUCAAAGGGCAUUCACAGUUGCGGUGGAUUUUUUUCUUUCUUUUUUUUUUUUUUUUUAAGGGAGGGAAAAAAGCAUGUGAUAAUAAAAACAUCCUUGACCUGUAUAAGAUUUGGGCGUCUGAAGUUCAGAGAAGACUUCUGAUUUUACGUGGGAAGUGAAUAUGACAAAAGGACUGUGAGGAACCUCAGGAGGAAUCAAGGAGACUGAUGGACCAAAUGCUGACACUUAAACGUAUACUGCACAGUGCAAAUGAGCAGGGAAAAGAAUGUUAGAAUGACGGUUACUUUUACCAUUCUGUUAAAAUCUCCUCAGUUGCUUUAACAUUUACCUCUGGCUAAACCUUCACCUGUGCUGCCUCCCCUUUCUCAUAUAUUCAUUUGACCGAUUAAUUGAUGCUUUUCAACUUCUACCUUGCUGCACUGUCUGGUAUUACACCUGAAUAUGCGUUGUAGAACUUUACAUUUAUGAAACCAGUGUAGUUCCACGAAGGGGAAUUUUUAUAAACUGUACGUGUCUUAUGUUUUCAGACACCCUUAAGCAGAAUAUUGAUAUUAACGGCAUUUAUUUACUGUAAAAUGAAGUC